AUUACCACAUACACUCACAUACAUACACAUACAUACACACUCACAUACACUCACAUACAUACGCAUACAUACACAUUCACAUACACUCACAUAUAUUCACAUACAUACACAUACAUUCACAUACAUCUACAUACAUAUACAUUCACAUACAUAUAUACAUAUAUACAUGAAUAUUCACAUACAUCUACAUACAUAUACAUUCACAUACAUAUACAUAUAUACAUGAAUAUUCACAUACAUCUACAUUCAUAUACAUAUAUUCACAUACAUGUACAUACAUGUAAAUACACAUUCAUACAUAUUCACAUUCAAGAUUAAAUUUGAAUAUGUGCACAUACAUCUACGUACAUAUACAUCUAC